AUCUAUUCUCGUUUAUAGAUUUUAUAGCGAUACUUAUUGUGUGAAUAAUUUAAGAUCUAGUAGAGAAAUAUGACUGCAAAUUGGUAUCUGACCAUUUUUAAAGGUGUUGAAUACAAAGACGAAGAGAAAUUAACCCAAUUCCUAAUAUUUUAAAAUAAUAUUUGAAUUUUAAAAUGGUAUAAUAUUACCUAACCAAAAAACGGGGGUAACAUUUUCACAAAUUGCCUGACUCUCAUGGGUUCAAUUGUGGUGUGUAAAAACAGUUUAUUAAGGUUGAUUUUGAUAUAGAAAUAAAAUUUUGUGAAGUGAAUUAUCAUGAAAAAUAUAGUUUUGCAACACCUGCUGUGAUGUGUAAAUAUAGUUUUGGGACGUCAGUUAUGUGUCUAAAUAUAGUUUUAAAACAACAGUUAAUAAUAACAAAUUUCAAUAAAAAAAAAUUAUUUUAGUUUUAGAUUAAAUAAUUAUUAAAUCUUGUUUGGUAAUUCAGUUUCUUAUUCAUGGCAAACAGUCAAAAGUGCUCUAUUGGAAUCAACCUAGAAAGUGAAUGUCAUCUUACAACAUAUACAUCGUUGCUGGGAAUCAAACCUUUUGAAGAUAUUAUUGAAUAUGAAAGAGAAAUAUUAAUGUGGAGGACUGGGCUCUCAAUAAUAAAUAUCAAACCAACAACUUGUCUCCAUCAUAAACAUGUUUAUUUGAAGCGUUAUACAACUAAAUUAACACGGUGCUGCAAUCCAUUUAAUACUCAUAACAAAACUAUAAAAGGUAGUCUUCGUGAAAUCAACUUGGAUACAGCAAAAUACCUAUGCAGUAAAGGCAAAUUCGUAGUUCCAGGUGAAAAAUUUUGUACACAAUGCAGGCAUAAAUUAGCAAGUGAAGAAUCAGAAGAGAACGAGUUGGAGAUGAAAUUACCUGAAGAUAAUAUGGAAAAAGAUCUUAUACUGGAAUCAACAAGAUCGUUGCUCAACAGUACUUUAUGCGAACUUGAAGUGUCUCCUUUAAAAGUUCAUUUACCCAAAACCUCUAACAAGCCUUCACUUGGAAAGAGAAAGAUAAAGCAAGUUGAAGAAGCAGUUAUUAAGAAGCUUGCAACUGCUCUGGAUAUAACCGAAUCCGAUCUUGUUGCACCAAAAAAUGAAGUUCUAAAGGAAAUUCAAACCAAAGCUGGCGAUCUAGACUUCCUUGUAGAAUGCAUGAAAGAAAAACUUAAGGUUUCUAACUCCUGUUAGAAACCUUAAGUUUUUCUUUCAGCAACUUCAAAUUUUGACAUUAACCCCAAAAUCUUGGUCUAUCAGAAAAGCAGCAAAAGAGUUUUCAGUUUCUAAACACAAAAUUCAAAAUGCAAAGUUUUUACGCGACCAAAAAGGCAUCAUAGCAUACCCUGAUGUGGUUGAACGGCAUCGAAUCGGUAAAGAUGUUAUAGAACUUGUAAAGCUUUUUUACUGUGACGAUGAGUAUUCAAGGCAAAUGCCAGGUAAAAAAGACUGUGUAAGUGUUGGGGAAAAAAAAUACAUGUCAAAAAAAUUGAUUUUGUGUAACUUAAAGGAGCUCUAUGUGGCAUAUAAGACAAAGUACCCAGGCCAUAAAAUUGGAUUUUCUAAAUUUUGCAGUCUUCGACCUAAAUGGUGCAUCCUUGCUGGUCCAAAAGGUACACAUUCUGUUUGUGUGUGUACAAUACACCAAAAUGUUAAAUUAAUGUUGAGUGCUAUAGGCCUUGAACCAUCUUACCAUGAAAUUAUUGAAAAAAUUGUCUGCAGCAGAAAAUCUAAAGUUUGCAUGAUUCACCGAUGCAAUAGUUGUCCUGGCAUACAACAUGCCCAAAAUUACUUCCAGCAGUAUCUCGCACAAAAUGAUGAUCCAAAAGAGCAAUAUGACAGUGAUGAAAAUGAACAGUCAGUGGAUUUCAAACAGUGGACAACGACAGAUAGAACUGAAUUAUUAACAAUAAAACUUCCAUUAAAUGAAUUCAUAGAGCUUCUGUGUGAAAAACUUGAUAAUAUCACUUCUCAUUCAUUUAUAGCAAAAUCACAAUCUAGCUAUUUAAAGCAUCUCAAAGAAACAAUUAGUAUUGAUGAGGCUAUUGUACUGGCAGAUUUUGCAGAGAAUUACACGUUUGUAGUACAAGACGAGAUUCAGAGUUACCAUUGGAGCAAGAGUCAAUGUUCCCUUCAUCCAGUUGUCAUCUACUACAAUAAAGUGAAAUUGGAAAUAUCUUCUUUGUGUGUAAUUUCAGAUGAUUUAAAUCAUGAUGUUGGAUUUAUCAAUGAGGUUAUGCAUAAAACCAUUAAUCAUAUUAAAACUCAUCUUUGUCCCACAAUUAAAAAAAUUCAUUAUUUUUCUGAUGGCUGUGCAGGGCAGUAUAAAAACUGCAAACAUUUUUACAAUUUAUGUCACCACGCUCAAGAUUUUUCUGUUUGUUGCAUCUGGAGUUUCUUUGCAACAAGCCAUGGUAAAUCUCCAUGUGAUGGAAUAGGUGGCACUGUUAAAAGGCUUGUUGCAACAGCUAGCUUGCAGAGUCCAACCACAGGUCAUAUACUGUCUUCUCAAGCAAUGUUUGAAUACUGUAAAAAGUCAAUCAGUGGGAUUACGUUUGUGUAUGUCUCUGCUGAAGAAAUGGAGCUAGUAAGAAACAAACUUACAGAUAGACUUUUAAUAGCAACCACUAUUCUUGGGACAAGAAGUUUCCAUCAAUUUAUACCAUCUUCUCAUUCAAUUAUAAAAAUAAAAAGGGUAUCCGAUGAUGAUCAUUUUUCUCUAACAUUUGACUUCCUCAAAAAACAAAAAUAUGAAAUUAUUAAAAUUGACAAUGUUUUGAUGUCACAAUAUCUAUUUUGCAAAUAUGGCGAUUUUUACUGGCUUGGUAUGGUUUAUGAAGUUGAUAAAGAGAAUGAUGAUUUUAUGGUAAAAUUUAUGCAUCCACAUUACCCAAGUCGGUCAUACCACUGGCCAAAUCAGGAUGAUAAUUGCUGGGUGCCAAGAAUGAAUGUUAUUUGUCUUGUUAAAACACCUUCAACAUCUUCUGGGCGUCAGUACCAAAUCUCAAAAGAAGAUGAAAAUUUAUUUGAACAAGUUUUAUCUUUUCAG